CCACCCACACCACUCGCGUCCUAACCCUCGCCGCGGACGGACGGCAUGGCGGCCGCGCGCUGAACGCCAUUACGAAUACGUGUCUGUGCUGUGAAACAUAACACGCUCGAUCUACCUCCAGUCGCGACCAUCGACACCAACAUGACCCGAUCGCGAGGCGACAUGGCGCCGACGAGACACACGUUCCUCUUGCUGGCAUCGCUCAGCAUGGUUGUUCUCUGUCGAGCCGGUCCCCUGGGCCCGCUGCCGAACGUGACCAGCGCUGACGUCGCUCUUAAGGAAGGAAGCUGUGCUCUAGGCGAUGUGGUGUACAUGCCGGGCGACGAGUUCCCAGGUUCGGAUCCGUGCGAGAGCUGCAAGUGCGCAGGCGGCGACGUGCAAUGUGCGCGCCAGCGCUGCGAGCCUCGGCCCGGCUGCAAGGCACUGCACCGCCCCGACCACUGCUGCCCUACCUAUCAGUGCGAAUGCGAACAAGAAGGGCGAGUGUACGGUAACGGUGAGAAACUGGUGGACCCUGCAGACCCGUGCCGCGUGUGCUACUGCCAGGGAGGGGAGGUCGUGUGCCGGCGCAUCGCGUGCUUCGUGCGCGACGACUGCACGCCGCGCCUCGUGCCCGGCCGCUGCUGUCCUGAGUACGACAACUGCCCACUGAGAGGAGUAACCAGUCUGCCCGGUGCGUCGUCUUCAAUUGCAAGUUCAGCCGCUUCUGAUAGCGUGGAGUCUCAACCAGCACCACCAAAAGAGAACAUUAAACAAGAGAUCACUAUUAAGGAAAUCACUCCUGUCUCUGAGAUCCCAAUUAUCACAGACGUGAAAAUAAAAGAGAUAUUACCAUCGCCUAGCAUUGAAGUAGCCGAGUAUUCGUCUUCCAAGUCUCCUCUGAUUCCACGAGAGGCUACAUCAGAAAAAAAUACAAAAGAAAACGAUUCCAAAACAGAGUCUCCCAGCAUAAUUGAGAUCCACUCUUCGCUGCCUGUGAUUGUGACGUCACCAGAUGCGACACAAUUCACUGCAACCGAAAAUAAGAAUGAAGACGCGCCUCCUUCCAAGAUCAGCUUCUCUACACAAGAUUCUACGCACAGUGCUAUUUAUCCUUCAAAUGUACCAAUCGUAGCGACUAUGGGAAUUCCACCCGUAACACCCGAACCUGUACCUGUUGCCACAACUAAAGCUCCCAUUAUUGAGGAAGAAGAUUUUGAUCAUAAUCCUGCUUUCCCUCCGCUUCCUGACGAUUUAGCUGUAUUGCGAAACCAUGAAGAUGAAAUAGUACCAGAACAAGUCGCUGACAAUGACCACGUCUCUGGUCACGACAUUACCGUGGCCAAUAUAUCUCCUACUGUUGAAUCUGAGUCAAAAGACCCACUAACCACUACAUCCAAAGAUCUUCCAGACACAACAACCGUAACAACCACAGAGAAACUUAAAACAUCAACCGACGCAGCAACUACGACCGGAGAUGUACCAAGUAGUACAGAGGCUCCUAGUUUUAAAGAAAGUCCAAUGAUUAACUUGAGAUCAGCAAUUCCAACAGAAAUUUUAAAUGAACCGACAACGAUUGUUCAUGAUGAACCAGGUAUAUCUGAAAUAGCUGAUACUAAAACCAUAAUUGAAGGUUUAACACCGGCAGCUACUACCACUCAAGCGCCCCAAAAGAUAGAGGAAGUUGAAGUUACAUCGGAAAAAGCAGAGACAUUUACAUUGGACACGAAAACAUCGACUGAAGGUGAAGCGUUUUCCCAACUUGCAUUCGAUACCACUACUCAUAGUAAGGAAACAGAAAUUGAGUCAGGGCCGUUUACCACAGAACAAGAACAAACCACCAGUUCACUUGCAAAGUCUAAUGUUGCUACUGAAGUGACAUCACAGACAGAGCUUAGUUCGCUGCCUAUCGAAACUAGCGACCAAAAUCCACCCGAGCUACCGAGUGAAAAUACUAGUCAUGAUAAAGAAACUCCUUCUACCAUGGAUCCCAUAGACAUCAGUUCCAAAAUACCAUCAACUAGUUCAGAAGUUAUCACAGUAUCCCGAUCUGCUUCCAGUGAUAACAUUGGAUUAGAGAAUGUAGAAACGACAGAAUUCAUUGUAACGUCAUUUGGUUCUUCAGAAACAGCGACUGAUGCCGUUGAAUUGAUUAAAAUAUCGGCAAAUCCUGAGAAAAGUUCAGCGAUUAUUGAGUCUGCCGAUGGCAAGAAAACUAAUGAAUUCACUGACUUGAUCAACCUAGUACGAGACGUUGCUUCCAUUAGCGACAACACUGAACAACCAGACACUGUGCAGCACGUGACGACUGCAGGGAGUAUUUCCGAUUCCGAGGAGCUCAUUCCAGUCAACGCUGGGUAUAAGAGUAAAAACAAAAACUUUAAUCAAAACUCUAUUACCGAGAUACCUCACAAGAGUAAAAUUGCAAGCACAGUGAACAAGCAAAAGGUGGUCGAGAUUGAGGACGAUGAGUCAGAAAGUGUGACGGACUCGCCGCCACCCUUCGAUAAGGUGGAGCCCACCACACGACGGCCCAUUAUUGAUAAUGUGUCGGACGAUGUAAAUAUCGCUGAGAACAAGACACAACAAGACAAAAAGGAUAUCGAGAUCAUCACGCAAUCUUAUGUACCCACUAUUAACCACCGACGACCCACAAAAGUCGUUAUGAAGAAGAAUAAUGAGAAACUAGCAUCAUCUGGUGAGUCUCUCAGCGUGUCUACGUCUACUGAAACCUCUACAGACAGUAGCAUUUUAACUGAAACCCCUAUUGCUGGGUCAGGAGAAACCGACAAGAAGGAAAAGAUCUCUAGUGACGUCACACAAGACGCACUGAGCACCGACUCUCCCAUUGUUACCACUGCGGCUCCUGCGAGUAGCACUGAUACUGCGACAUCCACUACGGCGGUUCCUGUGACCGUUCGCGACCUCGUGACUACUGCUGCUCCAUCAAGCAGCUCUGAAGUAGCAACUACAGAUGGUCCCUCUGGUGAGUCAUCGGCCACCUCCUCCGCUCCUCCGAGCUCGGCGCAGUGAGCAGCCGCGUGGCGUAACCCGCAUGGAACCUCAGCUAAUUAGCAUUUUAUAGAGAGUAAGUUUCGUUCUUGAAACUGUAAGUUAACGUAGAGACUAUUAGGUUUAUAGGCGUAUGCGACCCUUUCGGAAUCGAUCAUAUUCCUCGUCAAUUGAUGGCCGGUGAAGGGAGACCCGUCUCCGGCUGUUUGUAUUUUGUAAUGUAAGUAGACGGCCGGAUUUAUGUGUAUUAGCUGGACAAAUUAUUUAUAAUACUUUAGCGUUAGGGAGCGAGCGUGGCCGGCGUGGCCGCCGCCCGCGAUGUGUCAAAUUAGGGCGAGGCAAGUCGGUGGCUCCUCGCGUUAGCGAAUAAGUUAUUUAUUUGUUUAGUGAGAGAUCGUGAGUAGAGUGAUCGAUAAGUAAGCAACCAAGCUAGUCAAGAAGUGACAGUGCAGGCGCGCCGCCCGGCCGCCUCACCUCGACGCCACGUUGCCAUUACUGCUAGCUGUAUUGUACGAGAACAUGACAAACAUGGCAGACAUUAACGUAAGCAUUCCACGCAUAGAUGUAGUUCCUUUAAUAUGUGUAAGAACAAAGAGAAGCGCCCGCGCAGCCGACGCGACGCGGCGCUCCUACCCUACGUAUUAUAUCAUUACUAAAUUUGGUACAAAACGAAUUUGAUAUUUAGAAUAUUGUCCACCUUAUGAAAGUAAAGUUUAGGCGUAGAGUUACACUAUGUGAUCGCACGAACAUUUUAUUUAUUGCACUUAGUGGCCAAGUACCGCGAGGGAUUCUAUCGGAAGGCUCAAGCGUAGAGUAAGGAUAAUUAAUUUAUUGUAAUGUUCAGACGUCGCGUGUCGCAGUCAUGCAGCGACGUCUGCUUUAGGUUCGUUCGUUUCCCAUUGUCUGCUACGGUCGGUUCAUUGUGACUCCUGUAAGCGCCGGCGCAAACGGGCCGCCCGGCGGCGCGCGGGGGUGCGCGUGCGCCGGCGCUAUGGUGCGGCUUCUUGCUCCGGAAGACUGCCACUUUUCCCGGGCAAUAAGCGCACAUGCUCACUGUAUUAUUUAAUUAUUAAUUAUUGUUUUUUUACAAAUAAAAGAAACCUAGACUGA